UGAGAGCUUAACCUUUAUUGCCGAUUCACUUCUGUUCAUCUUUAAUUUUCCAACUUGAAUGGUUUUAGAUUAUGAAAUUCUGAAUUAGGAUGGUUUCUGAUAUAGAGAAUCUCAUGAUUGUUCCAGAAAGCCUCAUGGAGUUGCUAUAGGAUCAUAUUUGAGUAUGAAGAACUUGUUUUCUUGUUUGAAUACUUAUCCAUUAGAUUAGGUUUGGUUGACUGUACAUAAGGCUGUCUGUUUUCUUCAUACAGACAUUGUUUUCUACAAAUCAUUAGCUAUGGCUUCAAGUGAAUAUAUAGUAGAGGGUUCUAUUUCUUCUCUUAUCGAUUCAUUGAAUUCUAAGCAGCAUGGGGAUUCUCUUUCACCUGAAGAAAUAGCAUGGGUUGAUUCUUGCUUGGUUAAAGAUCCAGAAAUUUCAGAUAGUGACUGGAGUUAUAUGAAAGAUGCCUUAAUAGAAAUCCUUGGUUUACAACCUGGAUCACAGGAGUUAUCUGCACCUGGAACUGAUGGCUUUCCUGGAGGAGCUGCCAUUGAGAUGCUUGAUUCUGCUGAACCAGAAAUAGUCGAGUCCUCCGGAGUGACUGAAGAUGGUUCUAUACAAAUCAACAAAGAAAUUGAAACAAGUAGUGAUGAUUUCCCAAUCAAGGAGCAGAGUGGCAAUUCAUUAUCACAACAUUUUCAAGAACUCUCAGAAACUUCUCUGGGAAAUGCUUUUCUGCCAAAUUACGAGGAGGAAUACCUAAGAAUGAGUGAAUCCAUUGAUUCAGGACUUGAUGUUGGUUCUUCAACAGAUGAGAUAGAGCCAUCAACUGAGAAUAUCUUUAGGAUCUGGGAUUUGAGCAUUCCAUCAGAGGAAGAUCAACUUGUUAAACAGUUGAACAAGGCCCUUUCAGAAAGUAAUGAUAUAUUGAUGUCAUCAAGGACUGAUGAUAUAGGAGCGUGGAAGGAUUUUGAAGAAGAAUCAGUUGUUGAUUUAAUUGCUGGCAUUGCAGACCUGUCUUUGGGUGUCCAUUCUAACUAGAAGAACAUGUUAACAUCUACCUUGUUGAAAGGUUGACACUAAGGGCCUAUUUGGCAUUGCCAUUAGAGCUGAACAAUUUCUUAACAAC